GUAUACAUAACGGGCCAGUUUUUCGCGCCAAUUUUACAUUCUCUUCAUUUUUUCUUUGACAUUUGCAAUAACACAGGUGUCAAUAAUAAACGGAUGACUUGAUUAAAAAUGAAGUUCAAAGGCAGAAUGACAGACGCAGGUGCAAUGCGGGACUUUACACAUAUUGUUAGUGUUAUAUCCCGAAUGGCAAAGUACUGCGUGUUGCAAUUGGCACCGACCGAAUUAUGCUUCAGUGUCGGUGAUGAGCAUGUACCCGUGCUCUGGACGGUGAUAUUGCCGCAACACUUCUUUGCAGAGUAUAUUAUGAGCGGUGUGACCGAGCAGGAGAAUAAGAUCUACUUGGAGUUUGAUGCCUCUAUGUUUGCCAGAAGCUUGAAUAGCCUGAGGACAAUGGCGAAGAGUGUGAAAAUUAAAUUGACGAACAGACGACAACCCUGUCUGACGUUUGAAAUUGACCUGACCUCCCUGUCCGUUGAUUCACGACAGUGUGUACAUGAUGUACCCGUGAAACUCAUAACUCGUAGAGAUUGGCCGGAAUACAAAAUGCCAGAUAUUCCCAAGUUUGAUAAAUACAGCUCAUUCCAGAUAUCGCUAGAAAUGCCACAGUUGAAGUAUCUACGGCACAUCACGGAUAGAAUGAAAAAUAUAAAUUCUCAGCUGACAAUGAUCGCCAAUAAACGUGGUACAUUGAUAAUAAAAAUUGAUGUGGACCUUGCUACAGUGUCCACUCACUUUAAAGGACUACAAGUUUAUGAAAACGAAGAGGAACAAGAGACUGACGAUAUUUCGGCGACUGUUAACAUAAAGAAACUCUCUAUGUUUUUGGGUUGGGACAUUCUCCAUCCGGAUAGUGUUAAGUGUAACUUAUUGAAGGAGAAGAUGGUGAAACUAACUUUAAAUGUGGGAGAUCACGUUAAGAUACAUUAUUUUAUACCAGCCAUUGCAUGUUGA